AUGAAGGCAGAACUGAUUAAAGUAAGUAAUGCCUCUGCUGUUUGCCUAACAACUGACUGCUGGACAUCACGGACUACUACCAGUUAUAUGGCAGUCACUUGCCAUUAUAUAGAUGAUAAUUUUAAAUUGGUAUCAUCUCUGCUGGACUGUUUUUCAUUUACAGACAGGCACACAGCGGACAACUUGGCAGCUGAACUUCAAAAAAUUUGUGAAGAGUGGGGCAUCACAAAUAAAGUUGUUGCUUGUGUCUCCGACAAUGCAAGUAAUAUAAAAGCAGCGAUCCGGCAGACUGGAUGGAAUCACGUGGCCUGCUUUGCCCACACUUUGAACUUAAUUGUCAGGGAAAGCUUAAAACAUAUUAUGGAGACAGUGACAAAGGUGAAGAGUGUUGUAGAGUUUGUGAACAGAAGCAUUGUUGCAACUGAGAGACUAAAAGCCACACAAAAACAAAUGGGACUUGCAGAACUGAAGCUAAAGCAAGACGUUGUAACAAGGUGGAAUUCCACAUAUUACAUGCUGAUAAGAUUUUCGGAUCAGAAAGAAGCCAUUAUCGCCACACUUGCAUUAGUCAACUCCAGCCUUCCAACCCUGACACUUGAUGAGUGGGAAAUAAUAAAAGAAGUCUGUGAAAUAUUGAAGCCUUUUGAAGAGGUAACUGUUGAAAUCAGGGCAGACAGAUAUGUGACUGCUUCAAAAGUUAUUUUAAAUCGCAAGGGGACUGCAAAAAAGUUGUUCAGCGAUCACGGGACGCUGUGUCCACUCAUGGCCCAGUUAUCGCAAUGGUGGAGGCAUUUAAAGAACAAAUGCAAAGACGCUUCCACCAAAUUGAACACUUCCAUCUGCUGGCUGAGGCAACCUUGCUGGACCCUAGAUUUAAACAAAGGGCUUGCCACGAUGGAACAGCAGCAGAAAAAAAAAUAUAUAACUGCAGCUGCUGCAAGACUACUGAAUCUUCCCCAAGGGGGACAACCGCAAGCUGGCCCUGCAGAUGCCCCACCCCCUCCUCGAUCACGACAGUCUUCUUUCUGGGAAGACUUCGAUGAGAGAGUGGCUGAUGCUGUCACCUUCUGCAACUCUAGUUCCACUGCUAUGUCAGAAAUGAGAGGCUAUCUUGCCGACUCUUUGAUCCCAAGGUCUGAAGACCCAUUGGCUUGGUGGAAAUCAAGGAAGGGGAUCUAUGAAGGACUAACUGAUAUUAUGAAAAGGAGACUUUGCAUAGUAGCAACCUCUGUACCUGCAGAGAGGAUUUUUUCAAAAACUGGGCAGAUCAUUUCUGAAAGGAGAAACAGGCUGGGUCCAAAUAAAGUUAGACAGCUCAUUUUUCUAAAUGCUAAUAUCACCUCUCCUGAAGAAAAAUCAACAUAG